AUGGCCCGGCCGUGUUUCAGCUCCGUGGGGCCGUCCCUUCUGCGUGGCUCCGGCCCGCCGGCCGCGGGUCCCGCUGCAUGCCCCUGGCGCCGAUGCCCUGGCACGGGAUCGCGCCUGGCAGCCGCUGGAGGGGCGCCGGCAUUGGAGUCGACGCCAUCGGCGCAGGAGGAAAAGGAGCUGCGGGUGGCCUGCCAGGCGGUGAGGCUGGCUGCCCGGCUGUGCCAGGUCGUGCAGCAAGAAUUGAGGCUUUCUGAAUGGGAAGACAAGGAUGACAGUUCACCAGUCACAGUGGCCGAUUACGGUGCACAGGCUGUUGUUGCCUGGGUGCUGUCAAAGGCGGGCUUGCAUGAAGGUCCUUUGUCCCUUGUUGCAGAAGAGGACUCCACCAGUCUGAAGAACUCGGAGGGUGGUGCGAUGCGAAAUCGCAUUUCUCAACUUGUGAACGAGGUACUCAUCGACACUCCGGGGGCACCGGUGCUCACAUCAGAUGACAUCAUGGAUUUGAUAGAUAUGGGGAGGUCUGAUGGCGGCAGUGGCACCCACUGGGUUCUCGAUCCCAUUGAUGGAACAAGGGGCUUUGUGGCAAUGAGGCAAUAUUCAGUUUGCCUGGGAUUGUUGAAAGAAGGCCAGGUCACUGUUGGCGCCCUUGGAUGCCCAAACCUGCCCCAGACCAAAGUGACGGACGAAGACGGCAAACCAGGUGCUGCAUCUCGCACUCUGGACGCCGACAUCGGCUGCCUAUUUACUGCAACUCGAGGCGGUGGAGCGAGGGACGGGCCCCUGUGGGGAUCGGAGCUGCCAUCCCAUGAAUUGAGGGUCCCAGAUGUUGACAGCAUUGCCAGCGUUCAAUACAUGGAGUCAUUUGAGAAGAGACACUCAAAUCACGAAUUGACCGCUGCCCUGGCUGAGAAACUGGGCAUUGUGCGGCCCGUGUUGCGAAUGGAUAGUCAAGUCAAAUACGGUGCGCUUAGCCGCGGGGACGCGGCCCUCUUCAUGCGCUUCCCACCACCUGACUACAGAGAAAAGAUCUGGGACCACUGUGCAGGCUCGGUCAUUGUCGAGGAGGCUGGCGCAAAGAUCUCUGAUGGCAGCGGGCGUCCCUUGGAUUUUUCGCAAGGGCGGUGGCUUGACCUGGACAGGGGCAUCAUCGCGGCCUCUCCAUCCCUUCACGCGACCGUGCUGCAAGCCUUGAAUGAGCUGUGA